UUUGGCUGCCGGCUCUGCGCGGACUUUCAGAUCCAAGCGAUCGUGAAGUUCAAGCAUCCGGAGCCGGCCAGCGUCUAACCAGAGCAAGGCUUCGCUGCGCUGCAGUGUGGGUGUCAUGCAGCCAGCAGUCCCUUUGGGGUCACGCAAGCAGGGGCCCCGCUCCGUCAUGGGGCACGUCCAGCGUGCGGCUGAAUCUCGGAGCCCUCCGUCUUCCCCCACGCCGCCGCCGCCGCUGCUGCUGCUGUGCGCUUCCGUAGUAAUUCUGCUGUGUGUGCGGGGAGCACAAGGGCGCCCCGCGGAGGAGUACGAGGAGCUGGUGCUGCCUUCCCUGGAGCGCUCCCCGGGCAACGAUUCCACCACGAGUCUCCGCCUGGACGCCUUUGGUCAGCAACUGCACCUGAAGUUGCAGCCGGACAGUGGUUUCUUGGCUCCUGGCUUCACCCUCCAGACUGUGGGGCGCAGUCCCGGGUCCGAGGCACAGCAUCUGGACCCCACCGGGGACCUGGCGCACUGCUUCUACUCUGGCACGGUGAAUGGUGACCCCAGCUCCGCCGCAGCUCUCAGCCUCUGCGAAGGCGUGCGAGGUGCCUUCUACCUGCACGGCGAGGAGUUCUUCAUCCAGCCAGCGCCCGAGGUCGCCACCGAGCGUCUGGUCCCCGCCGUCCCGGAGGAGGAGUCACCCGCACCGCCGCAGUUCCACAUCCUGAGGCGAAGGCGGCGGGGCAGCGACGGAGCCAAGUGCGGUGUCAUGGACGACGAGACCCUGCCAACUGGCGACUCGCGAUCAGAAAGCCAAGACCCCCGCAAUCAGUGGCCGCCGAAAGACCCCACUCCGCAAGGCGCGCGAAAGCCAACAGGACCUGGAAGCAUAAGAAAAAAACGAUUUGUGUCCAGCCCCCGUUAUGUGGAAACCAUGCUCGUGGCUGACCAGUCCAUGGCUGACUUCCACGGCAGUGGCCUUAAGCAUUACCUCCUCACCUUAUUCUCGGUGGCAGCCAGGUUUUACAAGCACCCUAGCAUUAGGAAUUCAAUUAGCCUGGUGGUGGUCAAGAUCUUAGUCAUCUAUGAGGAGCAGAAGGGACCAGAAGUUACCUCCAAUGCUGCUCUCACCCUGCGGAAUUUCUGCAGCUGGCAGAAGCAACACAACCCUCCCAGUGACCGGGAUCCAGAGCACUAUGACACAGCAAUUCUUUUCACCAGACAGGAUCUGUGUGGCUCCCACACCUGUGACACUCUCGGGAUGGCUGAUGUUGGAACUGUCUGCGACCCCAGCAGAAGCUGUUCAGUGAUAGAAGAUGACGGUCUGCAAGCUGCCUUCACCACGGCCCACGAAUUGGGCCACGUGUUUAACAUGCCGCAUGAUGAUGCAAAGCACUGCGCCAGCUUCAAUGGUGUGAGUGGGGACUCUCAUCUGAUGGCCUCCAUGCUCUCCAGCUUGGAUCACAGCCAGCCCUGGUCUCCUUGUAGUGCCUACAUGGUCACAGCAUUCCUGGAUAAUGGCCACGGGGAAUGUUUGAUGGAUAAGCCCCAGAACCCCAUCAAGCUCCCAUCUGAUCUCCCUGGCACCAUGUACGAUGCCAACCGUCAGUGUCAGUUUACGUUUGGAGAAGAAUCCAAGCACUGCCCAGAUGCGGCCAGCACAUGUUCUACUCUUUGGUGCACUGGUACCUCCGGCGGCUUACUCGUGUGCCAAACCAAACACUUCCCUUGGGCAGAUGGUAGCAGCUGCGGAGAAGGGAAAUGGUGUGUCAGUGGCAAGUGUGUGAACAAGACGGACAUGAAGCACUUUGCUACUCCUGUUCAUGGAAGCUGGGGGACAUGGGGACCCUGGGGAGACUGUUCAAGAACGUGCGGUGGAGGAGUUCAGUACACAAUGAGAGAAUGUGACAACCCGGUGCCAAAAAAUGGAGGGAAGUACUGUGAAGGCAAAAGGGUGCGCUACAGGUCCUGUAACAUCGAGGACUGUCCAGACAAUAAUGGAAAAACGUUCAGAGAGGAGCAAUGUGAAGCGCACAAUGAGUUUUCAAAAGCUUCCUUUGGGAACGAGCCCACUGUGGAGUGGACACCCAAGUAUGCUGGCGUCUCACCAAAGGACAGGUGCAAGCUCAUCUGUCAAGCCAAAGGCAUUGGCUACUUCUAUGUUUUGCAGCCCAAGGUUGUAGAUGGCACUCCCUGUAGUCCAGACUCUACUUCCGUCUGUGUGCAAGGACAGUGUGUAAAAGCUGGCUGUGAUCACAUCAUCGACUCCAAGAAGAAGUUCGAUAAAUGUGGUGUUUGUGGAGGAAAUGGCUCCACGUGCAAGAAAAUAUCAGGAUCAGUCACCAGCACAAGACCUGGGUAUCAUGACAUUGUCACAAUUCCUGCUGGAGCCACCAACAUUGAAGUGAAACACCGGAACCAACGGGGGUCCAGAAACAAUGGCAGCUUUCUAGCCCUCAGAGCAGCAGAUGGUACCUAUAUCCUGAAUGGAAACUUCACUCUGUCCACACUAGAGCAAGACCUCACCUACAGAGGUACUGUCUUAAGAUACAGUGGCUCCUCGGCAGCGUUGGAAAGAAUCCGAAGCUUCAGUCCCCUCAAAGAACCCUUAACGAUCCAGGUUCUCAUGGUGGGCCACGCCCUCCGACCCAAAAUCAAAUACACCUAUUUCGUGAAGAAGAAGAGGGAGUCAUUCAACGCUAUUCCCACCUUUUCAGAGUGGGUGAUUGGAGAGUGGGGGGAAUGCUCCAAGUCAUGUGGAUCCGGUUGGCAGCGAAGAGUGGUUGAAUGCAGGGACAUUAACGGGCGUCCUGCUUCCGAGUGCGCAAAAGAAGUGAAGCCAGCCAGUGCCAGACCUUGUGCAGACCUGCCUUGCCCACACUGGCAGGUGGGGGAUUGGUCACCUUGUUCCAAAACUUGUGGGAAGGGUUACAAGAAGAGAACCUUGAAAUGUCUGUCCCAUGAUGGGGGAGUGCUAUCAAACGAGAGCUGUGACCCUCUGAAGAAGCCAAAGCAUUACAUUGACUUUUGCACACUGGCAGAGUGCAGUUAAACAGUUUUGAGAAGAAGGUAGCGUGGGAGGGCUGAUACACUGAGAUCAGAGCGCUGAAGGGAUCCCACGAUUCAAACCAGUAACCAGGGAGGCCUGUCAAUG